UGUACCCUUACCACACCCAUGGCCACUUCAACCCUUCACUCUUCCAACUUUCACCACUCCUUUCGUGAAAAUCCUCGCCUGAACCAUGUUGCAACCGUGAUCCCAAACUUCUCUUCUCCCAAAUCCAUUUCUCUCACCACCCCUUCUUCUCUUACACUGAGCCACACUUUCAAACGCACAACUCUCAAAGAAGCUUUUCAAUCCUUGAUGACCCUCUUUCUCACUUAUCCAUUCUCAUUUCAGUUCAGUCACCCUGAGGCCUUUUCAAUGGUCCUUGAGCUUUGUGGCAGUGAAAAAGCUGUGCUACAAGGGCAACAGGUGCAUGCCUUUUUGGUUAAAAUUUGUGGGUUGUAUGGUUCUGUGUUCCUUGGUACAAAGCUUGUGCAUAUGUAUGGGAAAUGUGGCUUCUUUUCUGAUGCAGAGAAGGUGUUUGAUAAAAUGCCUGAUAGAACUGUUUUCACAUGGAAUGCUAUGUUAGGUGCCUAUGUGUCGAGUGGGAAGCAUGUUAAGGCGCUUGAGUUGUAUAGAGAGAUGAGAGUUCUUGGAGUGGAGCCUGAUGCUUUCACUUUCCCUUGUGUGCUUAAAGCGUGUGGUGCUCUCACUGAUCGCGAUUUUGGGGAUGAGAUUCAUGGCUUUGCUCUCAAGUGUGGAUUCGGUACAUCUGUGUUUGUGUGUAAUGCGCUUAUUGCUAUGUAUGCAAAGUGUGGUGAUCUCGAUGGUGCUAGAACUUUGUUUCGUAAUAUGGAGGAUAAAGAUGACCCCGUUUCAUGGAAUUCUCUUAUUUCAGCACAUGUAUCUGAAGGUAGGUCCUUAGAGGCAUUAUCACUAUAUAGAAGAAUGCAGGAGGUUGGAGUUGCUAGUAAUACAUACACUUUUGUUGCAGCACUUCAAGCCUGUGAAAAUCCAUUCCUUGUUAAACUUGGCAGGGAGAUUCAUGCUGUUAUCUUGAAAGCUAACCAUUAUUCUGAUGUCUUUGUUGCCAAUGCUUUAAUUGCUAUGUAUUCAAAAUGUGGGAAGAUGGAGGAUGCUGAGAGAGUAUUUAAAAACAUGCAUUUCAAGGAUAAUAUAUCUUGGAAUACACUGCUCUCUGGUCUUGUCCAAAAUGAUUUAUAUACUGAUGCUCUAAACCACUUCCGGGGUAUGCAGAAUUCUGGAAAAAAACCUGACCAAGUGUCAGUGCUAAGUAUGAUUGCUGCAUCAGGUCGAUCAGGGAAUUUGUUGAAUGGCAUGGAAGUUCAUGCGUAUGCAAUAAGAAAUGGAAUGGAUUCUGAUAUACAGAUAGGGAACACCUUGAUAGAUAUGUAUGCUAAGUGUUCUUAUGUGAAAUAUAUGAACCGGGCUUUUGAAAGUGUGCCUGAAAAAGACUUGAUUUCUUGGACAACAAUUAUUGCUGGCUAUUCUCAGAAUGAAUGUCAUCUUGAAGCUUUAAAUUUGUUUCGGAAGGUUCAGUUAGAAGGGGUGAACGCUGAUCCCAUGAUGAUUGGAAGUAUUUUGUUGGCUUGUAGUGGUUUGAAAUCCAAAAACUUAAUCAAAGAAAUUCAUGGUUAUGUUUUGAAAAUUAGUUUAGCUGAUAUUUUGCUGGAAAAUGCCAUUGUCAAUGUAUAUGGAGAGGUUGGGCACAUAGAUUACGCACGACGCGUCUUUGAAUCUAUUGAACCCAAAGAUAUUGUGUCUUGGACAAGUAUGAUUACUUGUUGCAUUCGUAAUGGACUUGCGACUGAGGCGCUGGAGAUUUUUUACUCUCUAAAUGAAACUAAUAUUCAACCCGAUUCCAUUGCUCUCAUCAGUGCACUUUCUGCAGCUGCUAGUUUAUCUUCAUUGAAUAAAGGGAAGGAGAUUCAUGGAUUUCUUAUUAGGAAAGAUUUUGUUCUGGAGGGUGCCAUUGCUAGCUCCUUAGUGGACAUGUAUGCUUGCUGUGGAACUGUGGAGAACUCAAUAAAGAUAUUUAAUUCUGUAAAGAACAGAGACAUAAUUUUAUGGACUUCUAUGAUUAGUGCAAGUGGAAUGCAUGGACGCGGAAAUGAGGCCAUUAAUUUGUUCAAGAAAAUGAUUGAUGAAAAUGUUGUUCCUGAUCAUAUAACCUUCUUGGCUUUAUUACAUGCGUGCAGCCAUUCAGGGUUGAUAGCUGAAGGUAAGAAGUUUUUUGAUGUGAUGAAACAUGAAUAUCUGUUAGAGCCCUGGCAAGAGCAUUAUGCUUGUCUGGUUGAUCUCCUCGGCCGUUCCAAUUCGCUAGAAGAGGCUUACGAAUUUGUGAGAAACAUGCCUGUCCCACCUUCUUCUGAAGUUUGGUGCUCUCUUCUUGGUGCUUGCCGUAUUCAUUAUAAUAAAGAAUUAGGAGAGCUUGCUGCAAAGAAUCUCUUACAAUCGGAUAUGGACAAUUCAGGAAAUUAUGUACUGAUAUCAAACAUCUUUGCAGCUGAUGGAAGAUGGAAUGAUGUAGAAGAAGUGAGAUUGAGAAUGAAAGGAAGUGGAUUGAAAAAGAAACCUGGAUGCAGUUGGAUUGAGGCUGAAAAUAAAAUCCACACCUUCAUGGCAAGAGACAAGUCUCACCCAAAAUCCGAUGAAAUUUAUCUAAAACUAGCUCAGAUUACUAAACUUUUAGAGGAAAAAGGAGGCUACAGGGCUCAAACUAAGUUCGUAUUCCACAAUGUUAGUGAGGAAGAGAAAACUCAGAUGCUGUAUCGACACAGUGAAAGAUUAGCACUUAGUUAUGGUCUACUUGUUACCCCAAAUGGUACUCCUAUUCGGAUCACAAAGAAUCUUCGUAUCUGUGAUGAUUGUCAUACAUUCUUUAAGAUAGCAUCUGAAAUCUGUCAACGACCCCUUGUUGUAAGGGAUGCCAACAGGUUUCAUCAUUUUGAAAGAGGACUAUGCUCAUGCCGAGAUUUCUGGUAAAUUUGAUUAUAUGUUGAAACGGAUUAUAGGACACUACUCUUUCAGAAUUGGUACUGGAUAGAUAAAAAAUAAUGACGGGCGCCUGUGAUUGGGUCCAGACAGUUACAGAAUUUCAUGCUAAAUUGCGCCGAGUUAGUCGUUUGGAAUUACAUGAAAGCCAUGCAGAGAACGGUAAAUUGUCUUCCUGUUUAUUGGCUUGUUGUAAGUGGACAUUGGACAAGAAUCAGCUGACAUGUUGAAGUAAGAACUUCACUUGCAAGAGAUUGCUGUCCUUGCUUCAAAUAGUAGUGCACAGAAAAGUCCACAGAUAUUGAAAUCACCAUUUGCAAGGAAACUCUGAUAUGGGGACCAGUGAUCCUUUUCCUCAACCUUCCAAAGGGCAUGUAAGAACCUGUCACACCAAAUAGAGCUUGAAUGUUAUGGACAAUACAAUAUAGUACUUUCAAUAAAGGUCUAUGAGGCUAUACAGAGACAGAGAGGUUUGAAUCAGAAUCAGAAAUCACAGAACUUAGCUGUCCAAAUUUUACAACGCAUGCAGAGAUCCCUCAGUGGGAUAUCAUCAUAAAUAUCAAACCUUUUCUCACAUUUACGAAUGUCUGUCCGUGACCAAAUUUUAUAACGAAUGGGUUUAAUCUCUGUCUCCAUGGAUAGUUGUAGGAGAAAUUGGUUUCGCAAGAGAGAAAUUAGGUUUCCCGUUUUUACACAGAGCAGCAAUCUUGGAACGGCAGUUUCUCAUUCUUUCACCGUUGGAUCGACGUGAAAUUUGAACUGUAGAUUCUUCACAUUUUGGUCUUCAUUCUGAACGGUGGAGAUUUUAAUUGGAGAUCUGCAGAGGGAGAAAUUGGCUUCGACAUCAGCUCUGUUUUUUGGGUAUAUUUCAUCUUCUUGCCUAUUAUUUGUGAGCUUUGGUGCAUUGAUGUUUUUGCUGGUUAUAUGCACGUUUUUGUGCUUUGUUUGAGACUCUCUUGUACCUCAUUUGAUUAUAGUGGAGCUAUUUCAUUGGUCUGGACGACCCGUGGUUUUUACCUCUCACAUUGAGGGGGUUUUCCACGUUAAA